AUGUGUUCUGAAAAAUGGGAAAGUAGAGAAAGGAACUGAGACGCCAUUAUUAUAUAAGGGUCAUAAAAAUAGGACUAUUACCAUCAAGGACACCAUUAUAAGAGGGCAUUUAUUCAUCAUCAUCAUCAUCUGCUGCUGCCUCCUCUGCUCCCACUACCCCACCACCAUUAUCGUUUCCCCCUCAUCAUCAUCAUCAUCAUCAUCAUCAUCUACCCUCAUCAUCAUUAUCAUCAUCAUCAGAAGCAGCAGCCUCACCAUUACAGUCAUCAUCAUUAUCAUUAGGCUCAGUAAUCAUCCGCCAGGGGUUUCCAUCGGCCGGGAUAAAAGGCCGGUCUCUGCUCGCCUUCCUCACUUUGUGCUCCAGCAUCUCCUUCUCCUGCUUCACGGGCUGCACGCCGAAGCUUUCCUUCUUCUUCCACCUUCUCGGAGGGGAAAAAAACAAACAUCUUUCUCUCUUUGUCCUCGGAAAAUCUCAAAUAACAGCAGCUCAGAAUGAAACUUGACCUCUCUGACAGCGAUAAGUAGCUGCUGAGAUCGGUUUCUCUGUGUAUCCUCUGGGUGAUGAGGAGAGUUCUGCCUACAGCCAGCUCAGUAUGGAAAGUGAAACAGACAACUCGCGUAGCACGACCGACAACGGGAGGGAAGACGAGGGCCGAGCGUCUCAGUCUGAACCCAGUUUUCCUCCCUACCUGUCCUGCCGGGGCUGCGGUCAGCUCCGUGACGAACCUCUAGGACCGGGCAUCGACCUGGUUGGUCCUUACUGCCUUAGGUGUUGCAAAGCUUCCAGGGAAGCCAAAACUACGGACUUCUGUUCCCCUUUUGGAAGCAUCGGCGGGAUCCGCACCGGUUCCCAUCCGCAGCUUGACUGUGACGGAGUGGGGAACGGGAUGGGUGACAAGGCGGAGGACAAAUCAGCCAAACUGCACUCGUGUCACCUGUGUGGCUUCUCCUCGCGCUACGCCAACCACGUCAAGCGUCACAUGAAGACGCACAACGGCGAGAAGCCCUUUAACUGCCCUCUGUGCACUUACGCCUCGGCUCAGCUGGUGAACCUGCAGAGACACCUGCGCAUUCACACAGGGGAGAAACCCUACAAAUGCGACAGCUGCACUUUUGCCUGCAGUUCACUCGGCAACCUCAAGAGGCACCAGCGCAUGCACGUGCCCAACGCGGGGGCGGGACAGGAGCCACCACCGCCCCGACAUGCCGCUGGCCAAAACGUCCUGAAGAGACACGUGACUGGACAGAGACCAGCUGAGGAAGGGUCUGGUGCUUCAGGCAAGGUUUCAGAAGUUGCCAGGCCGACGUCCAACCUAAGCUUGGGAGCCCAGAACAGCGACUACCUGUCAGCCUUCGAUGGCUUAAAAGGAGCGUCGCCACCACCAAUCCCAGCCUCUAAUCCAGCCCCCGGCCACCAUCCUCCACCGCUGCUGGAGACGACGGGCAGCAGCGGCAGCAGGGCGGCCAGAGGGGGCGUAGCAGACAACCCCACCCUCCCACCAUCGCUCUUCCCUUUUACUUGCAGAUUGUGCGGCAUUGUGCUGGAAGACGAGGAUGGUUCAUCAGCGCAGAUCUGCGCCAAAUGCACCCUGGAAAUGCUGACUAAAGACUCGUCGUCGUCGCCCAACAGCCCCGGCGAGCGUAGUGACAAAGUGUACACCUGCGCUGCCUGCCCCUUCCUCACCCACUACCCCAACCACUUGGCGCGCCACAUGAAGACUCACAGCGGAGAGAAACCGUACAAGUGCCCGCAGUGCGACUACGCCUCAGCCCACUUUGACAACCUCAAGCGGCACCACAGAGUGCACACGGGCGAGAAACCUUACAAGUGCCAUUUGUGCGAUUACGCGUGCGGGAACCUGGCCAACCUGAAGCGCCACCAGCGGGUGCACUCGGGCGCCAAACCCUUCCAGUGCGCUGUGUGCAGUUACAGCUGCAACCAGAGCAUGAACCUGAAGCGCCACAUGCUGCGGCACACCGGGGAGAAACCCUACAAAUGUCAGGAGUGCGGCUACACGACCGGCCACUGGGACAACUACAAGAGGCACCAGAAGAAGCAUGGCCUGGCAACGGACGGCUGGGUCAAAGUUCCCAUGACGGGAAACGAUGAGGCGGAGGACAGGAGGAAGGGGAUGGGGGGCGGGGUUCAGACUCACAGGAAGGAAGCAGGCGUCGAUAUGCAGUACAUGCCAAGGGAGGGCGGUCAGACGAUACACUCGUGCUACAAACUUGAGAUUGUCUAAAUUAUAACUCAGCAAAACUAAGCUACCAGCAACUAGAUUUUCGGGAGGGGGGGAUUUUCACAGAGCCUUUAUAUCGUCUCAGUGUGUGCGUCGGUCUUUUAGUGUUUUCGUCUUCUGAGGCUGCUAAUUGUCUGUUUGUAGAAUCUCGCACAACAUUGAGAAACUUGUUUCUGAGUAUUUUGAUGCCUUUAUGGAUUACGUGAGUCUGUUCAGAGUGUUUUUUAUGUCAAGACAAAUGGACUCUACCUUGUAAGUUCGCUGUCUGUCUCCGUCUGUACGUUGAACCAUGUUAGGCUAAUGAUAGCAUCUCCCUCUCACAGUUCAAUACAUAUCUUCAUUCUAGGACGCUACCAAAUACUCCUUAUUACACGGAACUGAUGCACAUGUUUGCCUGGACUGUUAAAGCUGCACUGUGUGUGUCUUUCUUCUGCAUAGAAACUCAAAUUAAGCCACUUGAAUGAUUCUGUUUUCUCGUCUUCCCAUGAGUGUCGUUUGGUUUGUGAAUAUUUACUAAUUUUACAUUUCAUCCUGGACGACACGGUGCAGCUUUAAGCGAAGACGGGUCCUUCUGAAGGGCCUCGUUCUGCUUCGUUUGCUUUAGGAUUCAAGCUCUGGUAACGGCAUGCCUUCAGAUUAAUGUAUGUACUACUAUCAAAGUGCUAUUUAAUAGUACUGGAAUUGUUUUAGACUUGACAAAAUGUAUCGGUAAAUUAAUUUGUGUUGUCCUCACUAAAUAAAACCUGUGUUGUUGUCACUUUUGCCAAAUAAAAAUCUAAUUUGGUGUAAGAAAAUGUUGGCAAAUGGUAAAAAAAAAAGCUGCAUUUUAGACUUUAAAAUUCCACGGGAAAGCAUUUGGAAAGUCUUAUUGUGGUUGUACGGUUAAAUAAAAAGCACAAUCACACUCACACAGCAGCAAUUUGUCAGGUUUAGGAUUAAGAUUGAGGAGCAAGAAGUAGAUUCAUCUCUUAUUUGUGAUUCAGGAGCGCCCCACAAACUGCUACAUAUCAGUGAUUUUUAAAGUCUUUCUGGAAAGUCUUAGAGGGAUGCUGUUUAAUCACCUCUGUUUUGAUUACUGUUUACUAUUUACUGUGAAAUUAGCCCAUUCUCGUGUUGUUUUUUUUUAAUAUAUAUAAAUAUAUAUAUAUACUUGAAAAAAGAUGACACUAUUAGUAAGCAUGUGAGUGUGUAAUGGUUGUUUUAUUUUUCUAAUGUGGCUGUAAUACACUGCUAGAAGUGCAUACUUUAAUAUAGAGAGUUUUUUUAUUAUUAUUUUGGAUGUGUGAUGUGUCAUUUAGUUGCCAUGGGGAAAAUAAGAACUGUGAUUUCAAUUUACUCUUUGUGAAUGAAUUCUUAUAUGCAAGUGAGAUAUUUUCCAGGUUGCCAACUUGCCGAUGGAACAUGGAAGCCGUAGACUAGAAGCGACAUCCCACAAGUUUGUGUCUUUAUGCAGUGUCUCAUAAAUGCCUUAAGUGAGGAUUUUGAAAUAAAUACAUGGAAUUCAUUUCAUUGAAUGUCGGA